AUGUGGCUUCUCCUUCUGUUCCUGACCUCCCUCGCCACUUGCAUCGCUUGGGCAGGGCAACCACCCUCACUGCCUGUUGUGGACACCGCGCAGGGCAGAGUCCUGGGGAAAUAUGUCAACUUAGAAGGUUUUGCACAGCCUGUGGCCGUUUUCCUGGGCGUCCCUUUUGCCAAGCCCCCUCUUGGAUCCUUGAGGUUUGCACCGCCGCAGCCUGCAGAACCAUGGAUCUUCAUGAAGAAUACUACCUCUUACCCUCCCAUGUGCUCCCAAGACCCAGUGGCGGGGCAAGUGAUCUCAGAGCUCUUUACCAAAAGAAAGGAGAACAUUAAUCUCAAGUUUUCCGAAGACUGUCUUUACCUAAAUAUUUACACUCCUGCUGACUUGAGGAAGAGAAGCAGGCUGCUGGUGAUGGUGUGGAUCCACGGAGGAGGUCUGAUGUUGGGCGGGGCGUCAACCUAUGAUGGGCUGGCCCUCUCUGCCCAUGAAAACUUGGUGGUGGUGACCAUUCGGUACCGCCUGGGCAUCUGGGGAUUCUUCAGCACAGGGGAUGAACACAGCCAGGGGAACUGGGGUCACUUGGACCAGCUGGCCACACUGCACUGGGUCCAGGAGAACAUUGCCAACUUCGGAGGGGAUCCAGGCUCUGUGACCAUCUUUGGAGAGUCAGCAGGAGGGGAAAGUGUCUCUAUUCUUGUAAGUGUUCCUGGCCCUGAUAAUCUCUUCCACUGGGCCAUCUCUGAGAGUGGUGUGGCCCUCACUUCUGUCCUGGUCAAGAAGGACGUGAAGGCCGCAGCUAAGAAAAUUGCUGUCUUUGCUGGGUGUAAAAACACCACCUUGGCUGUCCUCGUUCACUGCCUGUGCCAGAAGACAGAGGGCGAGCUCUUGGAGAUAACGCUGAAGAUGAAAUUUUUCCCUCUUGAUUUACAUGGAGACCCCAGAGAGACCAGCAACUUGGAUUUACUUCACUCUUCUUGGAAUACAUGUGAAAAACACCAGAAGCGCUCAAAAAUGGGCAUAAUAGAAGGCACCUGUCAGGCUGCAGAUGCCGGAGGCCCCACUUACAUGUAUGAGUUCCAGUAUCGCCCAAGCUUCUCAUCAGCCAUGAAACCCAAGACGGUGAUAGGGAACCAUGGGGAUGAGCUCUUCUCGGUCUUCGGAGCUCCAUUUUUGAAAGAUGGUGCCUCAGAAGAGGAGACCAAUCUCAGCAAGAUGGUGAUGAAAUUUUGGGCCAACUUUGCUCGGAACGGAAGAAACAAAGCAAUACACUAAGCCCAAGGCAGGGCCCUGCAGCGACUGUUAGCAGCACGGAGGGCUGUGGACCUCAGUGUCAGAAAGUGUCGGAGCUGUUGCUAUGGUGACUUUGAGUGCUGGCUGACCUUGAGGAUGGUGAAUAAUCCCAAAACUCGGUUUCCAGGAAGAACCAAGAACAGUGAAGGGCAGCUGUGAAGUAAAUUGCUGUAGACUUUAGAAUAACCACAUUGGAGCAAUUAACUGACUCUGAACAAUGUAAAUUCCAUCAACACUGAUUGAUGCCCAUGGACCAGGACUUGGAGUGAAGCCUGCAGGGAGGUCAGAGGCCAGCACGGAGGGCCCACCCUGGAGAAGUUCAUGGCCAAGCCCACAUAUCCAUCCAAAACGGGGCAAUGUAGUCUGCACCACUGUGGGACUCAGAGAGCAGCUUCUCUGAUUAAGAACUGGAGACAAGAAUUCUGUGCACGUGACUUUUUGAAGAGAUAAUUCAGUUAACAUGAAGUCAUGAAGGUGGGCCCUCAUCCAAUAUGACCGGUGUCCUUAUAAGACAAGAUUAGGACACAGACACGCACAGAGGAGAAGACAGCCAUCUACAAACGAAGGAGAAAGGAGUCAGAAAAAAAUCAACCCUGCCGACACCUUGAUUUUGGACUUGUGGCCUCCAGAACCUGCCUGACAAACUUUGAUCACUAAGGCAUCCAUUUCAAAGAGGCAUCCUCAGCUUCCCUCGUGGUGCAGUGGUUAAGAAGCCACCUGCCAAUGCAGGCGACAUGGGUUCAAGCCCUGAUCCAGGAAGAUCCCACAUGCUGCGGAGCAACUAAGCCCUUGCACCACAACUACUGAGCCUGUGCUCUAGAGCCUGUGAGCCACAACUACUGACCCAUGUGCCACAACUACUGAAGCCCACACGCCUAGAGCCCGUGCUCCGCAAACAAGAGAAGCCACCGCAAUGAGAAGCCCGCGCAUUGCAACGAAGAGUAGCCCCCGCUCACCGCAACCAGAGAAAAGCCCGCGCGCACCAACGAAGACCCAACACAGCCAAAAAUUUAAAAA